AUGGCGGCGGCGUCAAGAGCUGGGCACAACUUCCCACGAAGUGCCGCGGCGGUGUUUGGCAUGCGUAGAGACAACGCGUUUCCGAAACUUGCAGUCUUGAAAAUCUACCUUGGUGAAGACUACCGCAGCAGCAACUUUCGGCUGUAUUGCACUUUGUCUGUUGCUGGCCAUGCUCUAGACUCGGCAAGGUAUGCUUCCCUGAAGCCCAUCGCCAGCGUGGCGGAGGUUGGCCUUGAGGUUGGUGCGAAGAUCGAGGCCUCAAUUCUGGCUAAAGGCAAGGCCCUCAGACCUCAUGUCUAA